GCAAUCGGAUGCCAGGACGCUGACAAGAUACGAUAUGGUCACACGGCAUGCGCAUAUUAUGAUAUCGAGCAUCUCCGAAACAGCCAGAGAUUACUUUAAUCGUCGGACUCCGGUUACGUAUGCAGGAACGUCGGAAUCGUUAGCAAAAUAAUCCCACUGCUGAGCGCUCUGUCACUAAAACUCUGUAUAACAAUAUAUUAUAUGCAUCUCUGAAGCGUAUAGUGAAGAGUGUCUCGCAUUCUACAGAUUACGGUUUCCAUCAUGCAGAUGCAUAAUAUUAAUAAUUCCACCAAUACACCUUUACCAACUAAUAUAUCCACGCCCUAUUAUGUUUCCGCGUGGGUUCUGCUUCCCCUGGUCAGCUUAAUAAUCUCCACGGUGAUCACCAAUCUGACCAUCAUCGCGACAUUCCUAAUCAUCCCGUCGGUGCGCACCGUCUUCAACUACUACCUCUUCAACCUGGCCAUCUCCGACUGCCUCACUGGCUCCGUGUCCAUGACCCACUUUGCUCUGCUAACCGUUCUUCGCCACUGGCCGUUAUCCCGUUGGCAAUGCACCAUCUGGGUGUACUUCGAUUUCUUGGGUACCUCACAAACUCUGCUGACCAUCACUAUAAUCGCCCUGGACCGAUUAUGGGCCAUCUCCUGGCCGGUGUCCUACCGGCAGCGUCACACCGAGAAAAAAUGCAUCAUUUUAAUCUGCUUCAGCUGGAUUUGGUCUAACUUAGUUAUCGUGCCGAGUUUGGUUUACAAUCGAAUACAUCGUACUUCCACCGACGAAAAAGAAUGCUAUUGGAGUAUCGACGAACCGUACGCUAGUUCGCUAUACGUGGCGAUCUUCACACAGUGGCUGCCGUCGGCCGUCACGGUGUGCUGCUACGUGAAGACUUCGUGGAAACUGUGGAGUAAACACCGCGCGGCGUUGCGCAUCCGCACGGCGGAAACGGCGCCGGAUAUCCGGGAUGUGGUGCGGAAGAAGAAGCAGCGGCAGGCGUUCGGGUGGUUGUCGGCGCUGUUGGCCGCGCUGGUGCUGCAGUGGAGUCCGUGGUUCAUCUACCGGAUUCUGGAUUUAAGCAGCAACUAUGAAAGUAACGAAUUCUAUGAGGCGUCUUACUGGUUGCAGUAUUCUCUAUCCGCUGUCAAUCCGUUUUUAUUUAUUCUGGGCAGCCUUGAGAUGCAUAACGGUAUAAAGCUGUUGUUUCAUAAAAUUUGCAAGUUGAAAUAACGGUCUCUUAAUGCGGUUUGCCGUUUAUUUUUUUUCAGAUGAUCAUUUUUCCAUCCGUUUAGUAAAAAUCGU